GCUAGAACGAAAAGGACGGCGGAGGGUGGUGGUGGUAGAGAGAAGCUGCGGAGGGAAUGGUGAAGCGAGACGGCAGCAACACAAAUUUCUCACGGCUUAGGGCGGGGGUUGGGGGGUAGCCCGGACGCAUACUUAGCGCUCAGUCCUUUUUCCUCCUUUCCUCUCAGUUCCGGGACAGCGCUGCCCACGUCGGGGCUGGUGGGUCAAGGGCCAGAGGCCAGCCGCUCCCGAAGGGUGGCUCUCUACCACCUCCGGGGCCGCCCCCUCCUGCAUUCCCUCAGGGUCUGAGUCCGCGUCCCCCAGCAGACCCGCCAGCUCCAGGGCAGUUUUCCAGCCGGUGGGCGGGUUUCAGAGCGCGCUAAACGCUCGUCAGGCGGACUGAAGGGGCCAGGGAGGGGCGAGGCAGGGGGCGGGACGAGACCUAGUUAACGACCCCUCCCCGACUCUCCCCCCACCGCCCCCUCUCCGCCGCCGGGAAGGCUCUGUCCCGUCCCGCCAAGCCCGCAAGGGUUAAAGGCGGCCGCAGGUGAGGUGGGCGGGGCCGCAGAUUCGGGGGAAAAAGGAGCGCAGGGCAGUGGAUGAAGGCAGAGCGCGGGGUGAGUCACGGGCGGAGCUGGCCUCGCUCGCUCGCUCGCCGGCUCCCGCCCAUCCCCGGCCCUCCCGCCGGCUCUCUCCGCCCCCCCUCUGCCGCCCGCCGCGGGGUCUGGUCGCAUCCCCAGCUCGCCCUCAGCUCCCGCCCCUCGCUGCUGGGGAGCCCGCCGGCGCUCUGGGCCGCGGAGCGCCCGUCCGUAGCGCGCUAGCCCGCCGUGCCGGAGAGCCCGAGCGCAGCAUCGAGGUCCCACCUGAGGUGCCCCUGACUGUCCUUGAUCCCCACCCCAUCCCGGAUCCCGGCAAUGCUAACCGCUGUCUGUGGCUCUCUGGGCAGCCAGCACCCGGACGCGCCUCACGCCUCCCCGCCGCGUCUUGAUCUACAACCUCUCCAAACAUACCAGGGCCACACGAGCCCGGAGGCCGGGGACUACCCCUCCCCACUGCAGCCUGGAGAGCUGCAAAGCCUCCCGCUGGGCCCCGAGGUGGACUUCACACAGGGCUAUGAGCUACCUGGGGCCUCCUCUCGGGUAACCUGUGAGGACCUGGAAAGCGACAGUCCCUUGGCCCCAGGACCCUUUUCCAAGCUCCUGCAGCCGGACAUGUCACACCAUUAUGAAUCGUGGUUCCGGCCGACUCACCCAGGCACCGAGGAUGGCUCGUGGUGGGACCUUCAUCCGGGCACCAGCUGGAUGGAUCUCCAGCACACUCAGGGCGCGCUGACCUCAACUGGCCACCCCGGGGCUCUUCAGGCUGGCUUGGGGGGCUACAUCGGAGACCACCAGCUUUGUGCCCCGCCGCCGCACCCACACCCGCACCACCUCCUUCCAGCCGCCGGAGGGCAGCACCUCCUAGGGCCUCCCGACGGGGCUAAGGCCUUGGAAGCAGCCGCCCCGGAGUCGCAGGGGCUGGAUUCCAGUCUGGAUGGGGCAGCCCGGCCCAAAGGCUCCCGGCGGUCAGUGCCCCGAAGCUCAGGCCAGACCGCGUGCCGCUGUCCUAACUGUCUGGAGGCCGAACGACUGGGGGCUCCGUGCGGGCCCGAUGGGGGCAAGAAGAAGCAUUUGCACAAUUGCCACAUCCCGGGAUGCGGGAAAGCCUACGCCAAGACGUCCCACCUGAAAGCGCACCUGCGUUGGCACAGCGGCGACCGUCCCUUCGUGUGCAACUGGCUUUUCUGCGGCAAGAGAUUCACGCGCUCAGACGAGCUGCAGCGCCACCUCCAGACCCACACCGGCACCAAGAAGUUCCCUUGUGCAGUCUGCAGCCGUGUCUUCAUGCGCAGCGACCACCUGGCCAAACACAUGAAAACCCACGAGGGCGCCAAAGAGGAGGCUUCUGGGGCACCCACGGGCGAGGGCAAGGCCAGUGGAGCGGUUGAGUCCCCAGCGGGGAAAGGCAAGCGGGAGGCCGAGGGCAGCGCGGCCCCCUCCAACUGAGCUCCUGGGGUACCGCCUCCCCGCUGGCCUCCCCUGGAGGCAUCACAAGAGGGUCCCCUGGCUUAAUGCCCUUGGGGGGCGGCUUGAGUAACAGGAGAAUGUGGUUAUUUAUUGAAAGGGGGAAAAGUGGUGCGGGGCCAGGGGGACAGGGCGCUAGGGGUUUUUAGUCUCGGUGGCUGGACGGGACCCGUUAGACUGGCUGGGCCGGGAGGAACUGCACAUGGCCCUCUGUUCUACCCUUCCUCACUGUCCGCUCACGCCCCUGGGCUGGGGGCUAGGGCGGGGUACCCCUAUCGCGGCAGGUGGGGGGAGGGGACCAGCGGGAGGAGACGUUGCCCCCUUGGAACACAGAGGAGUGGGGCAGCCCCAGGCGCUGAGGGUAGCUGUCUGGACACGUCCUUAGCUCUUGGGAACCGGGACAUAAAAGCUGCGGCCCAGAUCUCUUUCAUCUGCCGUAUAGUGCUUUUACCCCUAGUGUUUUUGGAGAGAGCUGAGAUGGGGUAUGGGAAAUUGAGGGUCCCUCUAAUGGAGGGUCUCUCUCUGGCUGGGAAAUAACUCCUUUAAUGCACCUCCUUAUUAACCCUCCCAGACAGUCUGAUGGAGCCAUGAAGGAAGAAGGGUAGAAGGCCAGAAUCCAGAUAACUUCCUAGCCAGAACUGUGGGGUGGAGGAGAGAACUAGAUUGGGGGGUGGGGAGGGAAGCAGGGGGAUCAAGGACAUCCCCUUUCUAAAAUGAGAGAAAGGGAACUAAGCCCUUCCCUCUCUGACUUGGUUUUAGUCUUGGCCUUUAUAAAAAAUACCUUAAUAUAAAAUACCUUUAUAAAAAAAAACCCUUGGUCUUUAUAAAAAAUAAAUAGUUCAGCAGUCCACAUUCCCCAUCUGUUACUGAUGUAGGUUUUCAAGGAAGCCAGAAGACUCUGAUCUAGAAUAGAUGUGGCCCCCUCAUUCUAGGUCCUCCUUCAUUUGUCUUCCUCUCAACGAUGGAAGGAAGAGGGUUACCUUGUUGCUUGGGGCUAGGUAGGGGUAUCCCAGCAGAGGGAUCUCCAGCAGCUCCCGCUCAGAGUGGAGGACUCUGCCCCUAACUGGCCAUCGCCUGCUCACCCAGAAGCUAAGCCUCACCCUUUCUUUAGCAGGACCCUUCCCUUUCCCUGCUGCAGGCUUGGCCCCUCCUGCAGAAUGUGUCAGGGGCUCCUUCCUCCCAUCCAGCCUAUGGGGAAGGAGGGCUCCCUUCCAUAUGAAGGAGUUGUUCUCCCACUGGAAGGGGUCUGCCUACUGAGGUGAUGUCCAGGAAGCUGUCCCUGUUCCCUUUAGAUGCUAGAAAUACAUCCUGCUUGUGAUCCUGGAGUGGGGAGGGCGAAGCCCAGCAGGGGCGAGCCAGGCAAAGGAGAGGAAGCUGAUGGGGGAAGGGUCUGGAGCUGGUGGGCUUUCCCAGGCUCAAGGUGAGGCAGUAAGAAUCCCACUGGCUUGGCUUCUGUUCCCCGCCCACCCACCCCGCUGCUCUAUCUCCACCCAGUAACCUAUGUGAGGAUUAGUUGUGUAUUGAUUUUUAAGUUAUAAGCAAAAGGUAUUUUAUUUAAUAUUAGGGCAUGUGUGUGUGUGCACGCUGUGUGUACUCGUGUGUGUGUGUGUGUGUUUCUCUACUGAGCCUGGGGUCUCUAGCCAGGGAGACCCCACCUUGUUCACCCCUGUCCAGGGUCCUGUGGCCUAGGCCCGUAGCCUCUCUUCCUCCCUUGGGGUCGCUGGAGCCCAGUCCAAGGACUAGGAGCUUUAUGGGAAGUGGGGCUGGGAUCUGGGUGGGAACAUGGGUUUGUGUAGAAGAGAGCCCUUCUUAAAAGGGACAGGGUGACUCUCUGAGGGACUUAUGAGCAGGCCUGGGGUAGUUUAAGAAGUAAUGUUCUUUCUUUAUGCUCCCUCUUUUCCCUACCUCCUGCUAACCCAAUCAGAGGUCCCUUUCCUUGCUGAGAGGGUUGAGGACAGGAGAGAGUUGGCAGUGCCUGCGGGUUGCCUGGUGAGGGGGAAAAGGGGUGGGCAUCGUGGGUGUGGGAUGCCUUUCUCCUCCACCCAUUGAAACCAGUCACCCUCUCCCUGUGCCACCAGGGCAGCCUUUUCCAGUGACCAUUCUAAGGAGAACUCCCAAAUUGGUGUUGGGGGUGGGGGUGGCACACAGAUGUUCCUCCCAUAGUGGCUGGGGCUCUCAGGUGUGUGGGUGAGGGGUUUGGGUAGGUUUUCUUCUGCUCCCCUCCUUAUAGAUCUAGGUUGCUUGGCUGUCUGCCCCCUUUAGGCAGCCCCCUAGAGGAGAAAUGUAGGAAUUUUUUUUCUUUAACUGCUGUGAACCCACUUUGAAGGGGAGGAGGAAGAGGAAGAAACUGCCUGUGUUUUUUAUGCCAUAAUAAAGUCAUCAACUACAUCAUUGGUUCAUUUGUCUUCCAGCUCUGGUUUCCUUCUUGACUCAGUGUCCCUCAGCAGUGAGGACCCGGAGGGCUA